UAUCUAAAAUAUUUCCUAUUUAAGGGCUUAUCCAAGUAUACUGUACAAAUGUUGCAAUUUGACACUUUGGAAGCCGAAGAGGAACUACUUAUUGACUUUCGAGAUGUUCGUCUUGUGGGUCGCGAUCGAGCACUAAAUGGAACAGUCUUCAUACUCGAAGAUAUGGAUGAUGAAAAUUUUCAGUUUUCUUUAGAUUUUCGCUAUGAUGCAAACAGACAUGAAUACGAAUCUGGCGGCGAUUGUCCUCUAUCCCAGGGUACGUAUUACGUGAAAAAUGUGCUGAUAAACAGCGAUAACUGGCCGGGUAUAAUACCCAUCGGUGGUAUUAAAGUCAAUCUACGAUUCUAUAAGCAAUAUAAGUUUGUGGGUGGCCUCAGCCUUACCUUCAAUGUGGAACGCCAGCUUUUGUGA